CCGUAGAGGAAGUCGCGCGGACCUGUAUCUGGGGUUUCGGUGUCCCCCCUCCCCUUCCCCGGGGUCCGGGGGUGACAUUGCACCGCGCCCCUCACGGGGUCGCGUCGCCACCCCAAGCGGACUCCCCAGCUGGCGUCCUCCCCCUAUCCACCCCUCUUGGCCAGGCUUUCCACCCCGCCCCCGGUUGCCCAGCCAUGGGGGCCGCAGUGUUUUUCGGAUGCACUUUCGUCGCUUUCGGCCCGGCCUUUGCGCUUUUCUUGAUCACUGUGGCUGGGGACCCUCUUCGCGUAAUCAUCCUGGUCGCGGGGAAGGCAGAUGAGGGGUUAGCAUCGCUGAGUGAGGACGGAAGAUCACCCAUCUCCAUCCGCCAGAUGGCCUAUGUUUCUGGUCUUUCCUUCGGUAUCAUCAGUGGUGUCUUCUCUGUUAUCAAUAUUUUGGCUGAUGCGCUUGGGCCAGGUGUGGUUGGCAUCCAUGGAGACUCACCCUAUUACUUCCUGACUUCAGCCUUUCUGACAGCAGCCAUUAUCCUGCUCCAUACCUUUUGGGGAGUUGUGUUCUUUGAUGCCUGUGAGAGGAGACGGUACUGGGCUUUGGGCCUGGUGGUUGGGAGUCACCUACUGACCUCGGGACUGACAUUCCUGAACCCCUGGUACGAGGCCAGCCUGCUGCCCAUCUAUGCAGUCACUGUUUCCAUGGGCCUUUGGGCCUUCAUCACAGCCGGAGGUUCCCUCCGAAGUAUCCAGCGCAGCCUCUCGUGUAAGGACUGACUACCUGGACUGAUCGCCUGGCAGAUCCCACCUGCCUGCCCACUGCCCAUGACUGAGCCCAGCCCUAGCCCGGGUCCAUUGCCCACCAUUCUCUGUCUCCUCGUCGGUCUAUCCCACCACCUUCAGGGUUUUGCUUUGUCCACUCGUGACCUUUAGUCUCUAGGCUUCACCAGGAGCAGCCUGGGUUCAGCCAGUCAGUGACUGGUGGGUUUGAAUCUGUACUUAUCCCCACCAUCUGGGGACCCCCUUGUUGUCCAGGACUCCCCAUGUGUCAGUGCUCUGCCCUCACCCUGCGCAAGACUCACCCCCCUUCCCCUCUGCAGGCCGACGGCAGGAGGACAGUCGGGUGAUGGUGUAUUCUGCCCUGCGCAUCCCACCCGAGGACUGAGGGAACGUGGGGGGGAACCCCUAGGCCUGGGGUGCCCUCCUGAUCUCCUCGCCCUGUAUUUCUCCAUCUCCAGUUCUGGACAGUGCAGGUUGCCAAGAAAAGGGACCUAGUUUAGCUGUUGCUGUGGAGAUGAAAUUAAUGGAGGCUCAAGGGUAGACGAGCUCUCAGUUUCCCAGUACCUCCUCCCCAGACUGGGUGUCUUGGUAUUUUUCUCAGGUCUGAGGGGAACCAUUUUUGGUGUGAUAAAGACCCCAAACUGCGUUUUUCUUUUCUUUUUCUUUCUCUUUCUCUUUCUUUCUUUCUCUUUUUCUUUCUUUCUUUUUUUCUUUUCUUUCUUUCUUUUUCUUUCUUCCUUUUUUUCUUUUUUUGAAUGGGGGAGGGAAGAGGUGUGUUGGAAUUCUUCUAACCUCCUUGAACUAUAUUUUCCUUCCUCAAAUUGCUCCUCAUGGUGGGGCUUAUAUCUGUCCACCUUUCCCCUUUGUCCCAGGCCUUGGGGAAAAGGAAGGAAGUGCAUGUUUGGGAAACUGGUAUUACUGGAACUAAUGUUUUAACCUCCUUGACCACCAGCAUCCCUCCCCUCCCCAAGGUGAAGUGGAGGGUGCUGCGGUGAGCUGGCCCACUCCAGAGCUUCAAUGCCACUGGAGAAGUCAGACUACCAUGACAUCACAGGGAAGGAGGGCAGAUUUUUUUCUAGUUUUUAAUUG